UAUUUAAUGAUUAAACGUAUAACAGAUCACCCCCUAAAAACAUGUGGACGGGUCCACGACCUGUUGAACAAGACAAGAUGGCGGUCCGAGGUCCACCCGGCGUUCGGUUCCUGCAGUGGCUCGGUUUGACGCCGUGUUGGGACAGACAGAAAGUUUACCAGCUCUGGACCCUGUUUCUGACGUUCCUGUGUUAUACCAGCUACCACCUGUCACGGAAACCUAUCAGUAUCGUCAAGAACGAGCUCCAUAAAAACUGUAACACCACCGACCACAACACCACAGCAAACUGUUCCUCGUGGAAACCUUUUGAUGGCAGUGACUAUGAGUCCCUGUUUGGAGACCUGGACACUGCCUUCCUGUUUGCCUAUGCAGGGGGCAUGUUCUUCAGCGGCCACAUUGCUGAACGCAGUAACCUGAGGUACUUCCUGGUUCUGGGCAUGCUCAGUAGUGGCCUGAUGACGGCACUGUUCGGGCUGGGGUACUACUGGAACAUUCACACUGUGGCCUUCUUUGUUAUAGUACAGGCUGUAGCAGGAGUGGUACAGGCCACCGGCUGGCCAGCUGUGGUCACCUGCGUGGGCAGCUGGUUAGGAAGGGCAGGUAGACGAGGUUUCAUCAUGGGCCUGUGGAACUCCCACACGUCUGUAGGGAACAUCCUGGGCUCGCUCAUCGCAGCCGCGUUCGUGUCGGAGGCCUGGGGGCUGUCCUUCAUUGUUCCCGGCAUCAUCAUCGCUUCUGUAGGGGUUAUAGCCUUCUUCUUCCUCGUCACAGAACCAAAGGAAGUUGGGAUAGUGAUGGAAAAAAAGAGCAGGACAGACAGCUACACAGUACAAGCAGAGCAGUCUACGCAACAUAUUCCCAUGUGGCAGCUGUGCAAUGGUGAUGAGUCUGAGACUGAGACUACCGAGGUGGUUGACGAGGGGGCAUCGUUGCCAGUAGAUCAUGCCGAUUCAGAGCCAUUAUUGGGUGAAGAGAUCAAGCCACUAUCAGGAGGACCUACAAACCCAAAAGCCAUCAGUUUUUUGGGUGCUCUCAAAAUUCCUGGAGUAAUAGAAUUCAGCAUGUGCCUGUUCUUUGCCAAGCUGGUCAGUUACACCUUCCUCUAUUGGCUGCCUAAGUACAUCAGGGAUGAAGAGGACUACAGUCCCUCAGUGUCAGGAGACAUGUCAACUCUCUUCGAUGUGGGAGGAAUUGUCGGUGGUUUCUUGGCAGGUACCAUUUCAGACUUUACAGGGGGGAGAGCCACGUGCUGUGUGGUCAUGCUGGUACUUGGGGCACCUAUGCUCUACGUUACCCAGGUUGUCUUUCAAACUAAACCAUCCACCUCAACAGCUAUAGGUAUGCUUGCAGCCCUGGGUUUCCUGGUGAACGGUCCGUAUGCACUCAUCACUACAGCUGUGUCUGCAGAUCUGGGAACACAUAAAAGUCUGAAGGGGAAUGCCAAAGCCUUGUCCACUGUUACAGCCAUUAUAGAUGGAACUGGAUCUAUAGGUGCUGCGGUUGGCCCACUGUUGGCUGGUAUCAUCCUCAACAAGGCAGGAGCAGGCCAACGUGCUGCCCAAUGGGACAACGUCUUCUACAUGCUCAUGGCUUCGGAUGUACUGGCCUGUCUGUUCCUGUUGAGACUAUUUGUGAAGGAGAUGAAAGGCUGGUGUGAACGUUGCUGUAAACCAGAGGCAUCCACUGUUACGUGACAACUGGAGUUGGUCGUACUUCCAAAUCAAGAAGAUUCAGAUGCAACUUAGAUUUAUAUACAAAAAUAAGACUUAAUCUUUAUCAUGAAGAGGAUUUGGAUAUUUUGAUAUGUGUCAACUUUGAAGGUAGAGAUUGAAAUCUGGCAAAAUUGCUAAUUUUCUAUUUGUACUCAACUGAAUGUGUAGAUCCCAAAAUUCAUAGAUAUUCCUUAAAGACACAUUGUUCUAUUUUGAUUUCAAUUGUGCACUGAAGGAUGCACAUGUGAAACCCAAUGGAAAUAUAGCUAAUAUCCAUAACCAACUAUAUACUCCACCCACAGAAACACAUUAGAACCUAAUUUAGAACCUGCCAGCCUGCUGUCUGCUAAAUGCAGUAUGCUCUCCUAGAAGAGAUUGGUUGCCAUAACAUAGGGAUCACAGACUGGCAACAAGGAUACGUUUUGGAUAUAUGUCCUCCAUAACAAACAUUGGAAACCCUCUGACUAGGGAAAAAAGGGAGGAUACACACAGGAGAUAUUCUCUUCUAUGGGGUGUGUUUCUUCAGUGUAUCCCCUGAGUUUCAACUAUUGAAAUGAGGCUUGGAAUAAGAUUAACUUGAAAGUCAGGAUUUAUGAAAAGGAGGCCAUAUGCACCCUAACGCAUUUGUAGCAUCCUGAUCAAAGUCUGUGGAUGGAGACUCCCAUUGCAACAUUGGAAUUGGCAACUCCAGACAGAUUGGGAUUCCUACCCUGACAAAACUUCAGAUUUUUUGGCAACACCUCAGGGGUGAGGCCAAGGCUCAUAUAUAAUUUGUUUCUGUUGCUUAAUCCUGUAACCACUGAAUUUACCUGAAUUGUAGAGACGUGGUCUCUACAAUUAGGAGCAAAUAGGCGUUAGCCCUUGGUAACUUUUGCUAUCUUUUCCUCGAUACUGCUUUUAAAUCCAUUGGUUGUUGAAAUUCUGAUAAAAUUCAGUUCCAAAAGGCAACCUUACCAUGGAGGAGAUUUAUCGUAAUCAUCCUGGUUAAACAUUAGAUCAUCAUGGAUGCCAUUUGUUUUGUUUGAAUCUGCAAUUCUAUUGUUUAAAGUCAUCCAGUCUGGAAGUCAAACUUCCUUUAAAUACCUAAGUUCAACUUGCAAUUUUAGUAUGAAUUUGGAGAAUGGUUCAUCUUGUGUAAAAGUAAGGGCAGAAAAAAGGGAAAAGAAACUAGUGCCUUGAGGGAGGGAGAUAUUGUGACCACAAAAUUUUCAACAGCCUCAAUGACUACAUGUAGAUUAUGCUUAGCAGAAACUUCAACCGUGAUGCUUUAUAGUUGAAUACUGUAAAUGCAUUUAACUUUGAGGGGAUUUAAUUUCGCGGUAGCAGGAAAAGGGACUUUUCGCAGUGGUUUUAAGAUGUUGAAGCAUCUUAGACUCUACUGGCAUGAAAAAAAAAUGUUCGUGGUGGUUUUAAGUUUGCGGUGAAGCCGCACCGUGAAAACCGCAAACAUUAAACCACCACAAAAGUUUCUGCAUUUACAGUAAUAAGAAAUUAAAGUAUUGUCGAAACUGAACUCAAUUGUCACGUACAUGUAGUAUUUUUUAGUAAUGGGCAAUUCUUACAAAGACGUAAACAGAUGUACCUAUUACUAGUAUUCUUUAUAAAAAAAAGCCUGUGGAACAAUCAAAUGGCUGUCUUCAACCUAAAAUGUCUUGAAAAAAAUUAUAACAAUAGCAUUCUUGUGUAUGUACUAGGUUCCAGACAGCCUUUAGAAAUGUUAAAUAUUGGUGACAGUCGUACCAUGUAAUCUGAUUCAGAUCUCUCAGUUAUGGAGAAUCAUAGACAAAUAAUUUCAUAUUAAGUAGAGUUAUGAAGUUACAAACAAGAACACUUUUCUUUGUGUUAAUGAGCUGUACAUAUACAUGUAUGUCAUUGGUUUGAGGAAUUAAGAAACAAAUUAAAGUUUGUUAAUCUGGAGUCAC